AUGGCUCCUGCUGCUGCUCUCCUGCUGGGUCCAUUCCUCUUGGCAUCCCUCUGGGGGGUCUCCACUGCAAGGUCCCUCUUGAGCCGGCUGGGGGACCAUGUCCAAGAAGUGCAGGCGAAGUUGGGCCAGAGGCUGGGGGAGCCGAGUUUGGCGAGGGAGGGCUGGCUCUGGCAGCCCCUGGAUCCUUUCAACAGCUCUGACCAGCGCUCCUUCCUCCAGCGAUACUGGGUCAAUACCAGACAUUGGAGGUCCCCAGAUGGCCCCGUCUUCCUGCACAUUGGGGGUGAAGGCAGUCUGGGGCCAAGCUCUGUGCUUAAAGGUCACCCUGGGGCCCUGGCCCCACACUGGGGGGCUCUGGUGGUAUCCCUGGAGCACCGAUUCUAUGGACGCAGCAUUCCCCCAGGAAGCCUAGAUGUAGCUCAGCUCCGCUUCCUGUCCAGCCGCCAUGCCCUGGCUGACGUGGCCUCUGCCCGCAUCCAUCUCUCUCGAAUCUACAACAUUUCAGCCUCCAGUCCCUGGAUCAGCUUCGGAGGCUCCUAUGCUGGCUCCCUGGCUGCCUGGGCCCGGCUAAAGUUCCCCCACCUCAUCUGGGCAGCUGUGGCCUCCUCAGCUCCUGUGCAAGCCCAGCUUGACUUCUCCAGUUACAAUGAGGUAGUCUCCAGAAGCCUGGCUGACCCUGCCGUGGGUGGUUCCCCCGAGUGCCUGGGGGCUGUGGCCCAGGCCUUCUCUGAGCUAGAUGCUGGCCUAUCUGAGGGCAAGGCUGUGCUGCAAUCAGAGAUGAGGGCAUGUGGGCCCCUCGAGGCCCCUGAGGACCAGGCUGAGCUCCUGGAGCAGUUGGAAGGACUGGUUGGGGCAGCUGUGCAGUAUGACCAGCAGGUUGGAGUUCCCCUGGACGUGAGAGGUCUCUGCCACCUCAUCCUGGCCAACCAGAGCAGAGGGCCCCUUUCAGGACUGCAGGAUGCCAUCCGGCUUGUGCUGCAGACUCUGGGCCUCCCAUGCCUGCCCAGCUCCAAGGCAGCUGCUGUGGCUGAACUGAAGGACACCAAUCCACCGGAUGUGGGCCUAGGCUACAGGCAGUGGUUCUAUCAAACGUGUACAGAGUUUGGAUAUUAUAUCACCUGCAAGGACCCCAGCUGCCCCUUCUCCAGGCACAAGAGGCUGUCAGCCCAGCUUCAGCUGUGUGACCAGGUGUUUGGGCUCUCGCCGGCCUCCGUGGCCAAAGCUGUGAGCCGGACCAACACCUACUAUGGUGGUCUGAGGCCAGGGGCUACCCGUGUGUUCUUUGUCAAUGGUGAUAUUGAUCCUUGGCACGUGCUGAGUGUGCUCCAGGCCCUUGGACCCUCAGAGCCAGCCAUGCUCCUGAGGGGCACGUCUCACUGUUCAGACAUGGCUACACCCCGGCCCUCAGACCCACCCAGCCUACACCUAGGGCGCCAGAAGAUUGCCCAGCAACUUAAGGUCUGGCUCCAGGAGGCAAAACAAGAUCUGGGCAGUCCUUGAGCUUCGGCAGGAAUGCCCAAACCACCUGAUGAUCAGCGAGCCUUCAGAACACCCCUGACCAAGGUCACGUU